CAAUUUAGAAUGGAAAACAGGGACUUGGUUUAAAACCAAUGUUGAAACUGUCUGGCAAUGGAGUCUUCGAAUUUGUCGACCAUCUGUGGAUAACCACUUGACUUAAGGAUUAUGAGGUCAACGUAACCCUGCCUGCCUCACACUUUCACUUUUGUCUCCGGUAAGAUUUUUGCCCGGCCGGCCUAGGAUUCAUCAUCUAUCAAUGGAAAACUCAUCAAGAUACUCCUCGUCCGGCGUCGUCAGACAACCCGGCGGCAACUUUUCCAUUAUCUGCCAAAGCCUAAGUAAGGGAGACCCUGAGGGCAUGUGGAUUGACUACCAAAACUCUUUACAGUACACCACCCCUCUUUUCAUGGCUCAGCUUUGCAUCGUCUCCUUAGCUUAUUUGGUCAUUAAGUAUGCUCUCAAGCCCCUCCGACAAGCCUCCAUCAUUUCCCAAGUUCUUAGUGGUGUACUUUUAGGUCCAUCGAUCUUGGGCCAAAAUGAUUUCUUCAGAGAGACGUUUUUCCCCCAGAGAGGCGCCAUGUUAUUCGAGACAGUCGCGGGCUUCGGCCUUCUCAUCUUCCUCUUUGGCGUCGGCGUGGAGAUGGAAACCGGACGGAUGUUCAGACCUAGCCGGACCGCCGUCAUAGCCGGCAUCUUUAUGGUCGUAUUUUCCAGCUUGCUCACCGUUCCCAUGGCGGUUCUGCUAACUCGCGUCCUCACUAUGAACGAAAGCCUGAAGAAUUUGCUCCCGAUCUUCGCAGUCUCGCAAUGCACAUCGGCGUUUCCCAGUGUUUGCCCCUUCCUUAAAGACCGCAAAAUCAUCAACACCGAUCCCGGCCGAAUCGCGAUCUCCAUUUCCCUGUUUUCCGAUCUAAUCGGGAUGAGUUUAGCGAUCGUAAACUACUCAUUGCAACCGAUUUUGAAGGAUAGCAUCGGGCAACCUGUGAUCAAUACAAUCGGAGGGCUCAUAUCGGCGUUAUCUUUCGUCUCGAUUUUAGCCUUCAUCAUCCGGCCCCUAAUUCUAAAGCUUCUGGUUCGUCUCCCCCAAGAAAAACCGGUCUCGGAGUCUUAUAUCAUGGCUUUCUUCAUACUUUUCUUAACUUGCAGCUUAGUGACUGAGGUUAUCGGCCAGCAUUUCGCUUUCGGGGCAUUGGCCGCCGGCAUCGUCAUCCCUCCCGGCCCCCCUCUCGGAUCUACUAUAGUCCGGCGCCUCGAGUAUCCCAUUGCGACGUUCUCUUUCCCCACGUUUCUCACUAACAGCGGACUCAAAACAAACAUUUUCUUCAUCCAAUCUCAUCAUCUGUUGGUUGUUUGCAUUAUUGUCCUUUACGCUGCCGUUAUCAAGGUUGUGAUAAUGCUGGUUCUUGGCAAAUUCUUGGCCAUAAGCCGUACGGAAUCGGUGGUGAUUGGACUUAUGUUGAACGCAAAAGGCCCCACUGAGCUUAUCCUCUUCAACCUCUGGAGCGAUAUUCUGAACGACGAGGAAUUCUCCCUGGCGGUUACAGUGGGCGUGAUUGGAAUCAUGCUGAUCCAGACGCCAUUGAUAGUGUUGUUGAUGAAAUCAGCGGGGAGAAGGACGCCGUUUAGGAGGAGGACGAUACAGAAUUUGAAAAGGGAUAUGGAGCUGAGGAUUCUGGUAGCGAUCAAAGAUCAAGAGUCGGUUCCGUCGAUCGUGAACCUUCUGGAAGCUUCGAAUGCAUCGGAGGAAAGUCCGGUGGCGGUUAUAGCGCUCAUCCUCGUGGAGCUCGUCGGCCAGGCGGCUCCGAUCCUCAUAGCGCACCAAUAUUCCAACAACAACCUCAACGUCGACACCUCCUCCUCCGCGCAGAUCAUAAACGCGCUGCGGCAGUACGAGUACAACAACGAGAUGAACGUCUCGGUUCAGCCGUACACGGCGGUGUCGCAAUCGGAGAUCAUGCAAGACGACAUUUGCAGGCUCGCGGUUGACCAGAACGCCACCAUCGUCAUCCUCCCGUUCCACAAGCACUGGGCGAUCGACGGCUCGAUCGGAUCGGUGAACCGAGCCGAGCAGCAUAUGAACUCCAAGGUCAUCGAGAAAGCUCCUUGCUCCGUCGCGGUUCUAGUGGACAAGGGAAUCCUCACCGGUUCCUCCACCAUUCUCAACAGCAACGUCGUGUAUAACGUCGCCAUGAUCUACAUCGGCGGCCCUGACGACGCGGAGGCGCUCUGCUACGGUGCGCGUAUGGCGAGGCACACUAACGUGAGCCUCACCGUGCUCCGUUUCCUCCUCUUCGGAUGCGAUAACGCUCGGGAGAGGAGAUUCGACAACGACAUCAUAGAAGCCAUCCGCGGCGCAAACGUCGGUAACCACCACUUCAUAUAUCAGGAACAGGUGGUGAAGGACGGGGAAGGAUUGGCGAGCGCUCUUAGAAACAUGGAAAAUGCUUUUGAUUUAUUGAUGGUUGGGAGGACUCACCAGGAUUCGCCGCUGCUAGACGAUAUUGGGGCCUGGAUCGAGUGCCCCGAACUCGGGGCCGUCGGAGACUUCUUGGCGUCGCCGGAUUUCCACAGCACGGCGUCGGUGCUGGUGGUGCAACAGCAGAGAUUUGGGGGGAAGUUGAUCAAUAGAGCCACCAAGCCGGUGGUUAACGCCCAAGAUUUUAUGUAUGAUAAUAAUUCUUCAACGCAUUCAGUACCAGGUAAUAAUAAUUCUUCGUCGCAUCUUUCAGUACCAGGUUCAUGUGGUAGUGAUAAUUCCAGAUGGGAAUUUCCAAGAGAUAGGUCUGAUAGGGUUUAGGAGUGUUCGUUUAAGGUAAUUUAUGUAACAUACAUAGCAAAAUUUUGUUCUUUUAAUUUGUACAAUCCCCUUUAGCAGCCUCAUUUGGUUAUCAUCAACUGUACAUUUGUACAUAUAUAGAUGCCUCAAUUGUAUAUAAGAAGUUCCAAGUUGUUUCUUAGUUACAGAGGAGAAAUUGCAACUGCUUUAUUUGGUAUUUUAUAGGCUGGGUUUCCAUUUGUUUAUAUAUAAUUCUCUUUUUGUAUAUGUUUUUUUAAUCAAUAGGAGGGCACAAAACUCUCUCAUUGAGGCACACCCCCACACACCAACCAUCAAAUCUGUUUAAUUAAAAAAUUUGUGUGCAAAGUUAACUACUUUAUAAUUUGUCAAUUUGAUGACAUCAUUAUUACUUUUCAUGUAAAGCUAGGUCUUAGAUUUGAGUUUCAUCCCAAUUAGUAUUGGCAUUAAGUUUUCGCACCUUGAAAGUUGACAUUUUUCUGACUUUAAAUACACAAUUUACGUAUUAAAUGUUCACAAUUUACCUUUUAAAAAUUCACAAUUUGUAUACUACGAACACAAAAUGUUAACAUAUAUGUAAUUAAUUACCUUGUUUUGUAUUCGCAAGUUCCUUUGAAAUAUCGCAGCCACACAAUAUUAAUAAAUAUAUUAGGAUUUGAUAACCUGUAUUUUAUUUACAAAUUCUCUUCCACAUCUGUUAUGUGUUUUGAUUAAAAACAAAAUUUAUAUUCUAAAAAUUUACAAUUUCAAUACUAAAAAUACACAAUUUAGGACCAAAGUCCACCUUAUCCUGGCUCUUGGUAUAACAACUCCAUUAUCUAAAGAUAUGCUAGAUAGCCUAUUGGGCUGAUGGGCAUUUGGACCUCUGGUAACAUUACCCCACAGAUGAGUGGAUGACAGAACCUAGAAGUGUUCGUUGUUUUGUUUUU